CUGACACUUACGGACGCUCGAACACAAAAAAACGUACAGAUUGGAACAAAUAAUUGCACAGCUCGGUAUCGCACGUUGAGUGGCGGCAUUGGAGAAUCACCAUCGUUGUCACCAAGUCCAUCGUCUGAUUAUGAUGAUGAUGAAACUAUCACUAAACAACAUUUGCCCAACUUGAACAAAAAUAAACGAAAUGGAACCCACAAAGGAGCCAUAAUUAGCCAAAAAGUGACCGUGCAUCAUCCAAAUGAUUUGCGCAAUUCACCAAAAGAGUUGAAAAAAUUCAAUGAAACAAAUAGAAAAUUCAAUGGUACCAAGGAUGUGUCCAGGGAUUUUAGCAAUUCACAAGAUAAUACAGAUCGGGGCAGCAUAAGUGACCAAGCGUUUGCAUGCUCAGCCAGCUCAGUUGAGAGUCUACCGAGUGCGUCCGGAUCAAGCACACAAGCGCUUGUACGACCUGGUAGUCCAAAUAGUUCAAUAUCUGAAGAUCGCAUCAAUUUGAAACAGCCGAUUUGCUUAGCAAAAGCCUUAGUUGAUUGCUUACCGAGCUCUUAUGACAAAGAAGCGCUACGUUUUAUGAAGGGUGAUUUAAUCGAAGUAAUAUCGAUGAAUGCGUCGGGAAUUUGGCGAGGCAGAUGUCAUGGUAGAUUGGGUCACUUCAAAUUCAUCAAUGUUGAAGUGCUUCCAGAUCAACGAUGCGCUAACAAUGUAAACACCAUCAGUCGUGGUGGUAAUAAUGGAAUUCCCACAUCGGUCGAAGAUUUAUUGGUUCGCAUCGGUCUGAAGGAAUACACUUCGGUUUUUGUGCUCAAUGGGUAUGAAGAUCUUGAACUGUUUAAAGAGCUUGAACCAGCUGAUUUAGAUUAUUUGGGAAUAAUAAAUAACGAUCAUCGUGCAAAACUAUUGACGGCCGUUCAACUUUUGCACGAUAUCGAUGUUAUAUCCGAUGGCGAUGUGGCUGGCUCAAGUUCAGAAAAUGAUGAAACACGUUUCAAUCAAAUGAAUAAUAAAAAACAUGGUUCAUCACCAUUUGGACGUCGUCAUUUUCCACGUGAUUCCGGUUGUUAUGAAGGUUCACCCGUACCAAAUGUAAAUCAAUCACAUCAAACAACCGUAAUCGAUGAAUCGGCCCACACUUUGGACGAUGUAGUUGCUCAAUGUUCGAAUGAAAUUUUAAAACGUGUCGAAAGUGCACGCCGCAUGAAAGAUGAGAAAACAAGUGCUGCGCCAAUGAAAGGUGUACAACGGAUGGCAAAGAAAGGUUUACUCGGUGGUGGCACAGUACUGGGCAGCAAUGCUGAUGACACAUUAUCGCGUGGUGGUGCUUUAAGCGAAAAAUCCAGUGAUUCGGGUGUUUCGAGCAGUUCACUAUCUUCAGGCCCAUUGAAGAAUAACUCUUAACGUCAUCGGUUAUUAAACCACACAUUGCUAUCAAGUUGAAAAUGUGCACGUGCGUAAAAUGGAAAAAUUUGCACAAUAAAAUCUACCCUACGAAUUAAAUGGAUAGCGCAAUUGCGUUGUAUGUAUAUCAAACGAAAUGUGAGUCUUCUCUUAAAUUAUAUAUAUACAUGUAUAAAAUAUACAUAUUUCAUAAUAUAAAGAGAGAAGAGGAUGUUUGAUAUUUGAUAAAGACGAAUCAUAAUAAAAAUAAAAGAAAAAAGAAAUAAGAUUACAAUCGUCUGCGACGCUGUGGUCUUGUCACGGUCCCCAAAACAGAGAAAAUGAAAAUGGUCGAAAUAAAAAUAGGGAGUGAUUAUUCAAACAGUAAUGCUGUGAUUUGUUAAACGAUUUAGUUCAAAUGUAAAAAGAUCUAUAAAUACAUGCAUGAGUUUACUUGUAAAAAAACAUAUUAAAAAAAUGGUAAAAGUAGGUACAGAAAAGCAUGCUUGUUGCCGGAAACAAAUGGAGAAAUGUUUGGCUUUGUUUGUUUUCCUUUCGUUGCGAAUUGCUUGCGUCGAACACUUUUCGUUUCUGUAAAAAGUUCUUAAGUGUAAAUAAAUUUCAUAAAUUAUUAUUUAAAUAAAAUGCAAAUGGAAGUCGGAAAUAAAACAAAAAAAAAAAUAUGAGAACCGAAAGGUUUAAAAAAGUUUUUGCCAUCAGAUGCGGAACAAGAAUGAAUUUCAAAAUUUCAACGUUUAACAGCCAAUAUUAGUGUAAGAGCAAAAAAACGAAGUAAUUUUAAUAAUCGUCAUGUCAUAGAUACAAAAUCGAAAAGAGUCCAUUAUAAAACGGUAUAAAAUAGAAAUUUAAUCUAAACCACACACCCUGUCUGUGAAUAAUUGUGAGAUAAUACUUAACAUAAUUGACAUAAUACUUAAAAAAAUGGUUUCUGGAAUUUCCACACAAUGCCCAGAAGAAAAUGAAUGAGCCCAUGCGCCGAUUAACAGAAAGGAACAAAAGAAGCAAAAAAAAUUAAUGAAUUUAGACAACAAAUGGCCGCACAUUAACACAAACAAUUGCCAAAACGCGAAUGACGAUAGAAUAGAAACUAUAUAUUGUAAUUCACACUUUUAUAGAAGACGAACGCACGAUCAAUCCAUCAACAACAACUCACAAAUACACACACACAGAAACAAAGAAAUCCUCGCAUGCAUAGAACAUUGAAUAUGUUUCUCUUGUUUUCAUUUUUGUGCUGAUAAAUGUGGAAAUAAAUAACAAUCGUAAUUUGGGUCUUAAAUAGUUUUUAGCCGCUUCAUUUUCGAAAUAUGUCAACGUUUGCUAGAUAUUUAAAUACAUAUAUUAUUCACACACACACACAUAAAUAAAUAUAUAUAUAAUGACAUCGAAGCCGUUUCCAUGUUCAUGAUAUCAUUCUUUUUACUUAAUUCCACAAUUGUUACACACACAUAUAUAAAUGCAAAAGAAAAAAACUAUAGUAACUAUAACGAUAACUUUUAUCAUGUAACGCAACAUUUUAUAUAUGUAUUUACGAUAUAAAUGUACGAUAACAAAAAAAAAUAUAUAAAACAACAAAAUAUCAAUGACAAUGAAAAUGGGAAAUAGUUGAAAGUACGUUCUAUCAUAGAAAAAAUGAAUCAAAUAAAAUUAUGAACAUAUUAUAUAUAUACGUAUUGUUAAGCAGAAACAUAAAUGGAUAUGUAAAAAUAUGAAUAAAAUUUUAGUCACACACAAAAUGAAAGACGCAAAUAAGCAAUAAAAUGAAGAAAAAAAAUGCAAAUUCGUCAAUAUUAG